AAACAAAUGGGUAAAAGUGUAGCCAAAUGUGUMAUAUUAUUGGACAGACCACCCGAUACCGAGUACGGACCMAACGAUACAGUUAGCGGUCAGUGUAUAGUUGAUAUCGAUAGGCCAAUACYGUUGAGCCAAUUGUCGAUCAAAUUGAAAGGUSAGGCCCGAAAUGAUUACGAAACAUAUGAGGGUCCGCAUACUUGUCUUAAUCUCAAACAUUAUCCGGGAAACGAAUAUUCAUCAAUACUAAGCCCGGGUCAGCACAACAUUGGUUUUAAAUUUCAAUUACCGGCCGACCCUAUUGGCCUGCCGUCAACAUUUGAUGGCCAAUACGGUCAUAUCAAGUACUGGAUUGAGGCACGCCUACGUAAGUCGGAAUUGUUUACCCGAGACGAUAGGCCACGGGUSCCGAUAGUUAUCAGAUCAUCGGCUCAGUGGUCAUUAGAGCUAUUGUCGCAACCAGUGGUCAACAGCAAGAUUAAGACAGUCGGCCUACUAAAUGGACAACCCGUGCAGUUAAGGUGCGAAAUACAUAGGAUGGGACACUCAGUCGGCUCAGACAUACCGGUCCAGUGUUUUAUUGACAAUCAAUCGGAUAAACAGCUAUCGCUAAAGGCUGUACUCAAACACAAUGUCAUAUUCAGGGCUACGGGUGAUCAGCGCACCUCCAGUGUAAAGUUGGUCCGAUUGGUCAACAGUCCAGUGACUAUAGGUGCUCAUCAACAGUAUACGGAAACAUUGAUACUAACAGUUCCGGCUAAUCUAGCAUUGGUACCCAUGAUUAAGUGUCCGAUUAUUGAAUCCCAAUAUCUAGUAUCGGUUCAAUUGAAAAUUGCCGGUUCCUUAAACUUGAAUUGUGAACUACCCGUUAUCCUAACCGCCUCUAUAUAACUGCAUACUAACUGUUUGUUUGUUUU